AUGAUUACCUGAACGUUAAAAGGCAUGCAGGUUAGAUGUGGAUAUUUUCAUGGAAGCCUGAAGCCAGCAUCUUCAAUAAUCAUUCAAGUUUCUCCACAUAACCCUUUGUUUUUCUGUGAACUUGGCUAAGAGCAACAUGGCUUUAAGAGUUCUUUACCAUUUUAGCUCAAAAACAAGCAUCCAGUUCAUUACAGCUGAAACCCAGUUUAUCCUUUGAACAUGACUCCUAAAGGCAUUCUUUAUUCCUGUGUUAUUCCUACUUGAAUUUUGAUUCAAAGACUACUGAAGCAAAUGGAAUGACAGUGGCAUUAAGACUGGAUACAAAGUAUUUAAAAAUGAGGUCUGAAAACUACAUUCGUUUAGGACAGUAUUUUUUUCUGAUGGUUGUGCUGAUGGGGCAGAAAUAGGAGGUGGCUAUUAAAAUAUUGAACAACUGUAAUGAUUUCUGUUUCCAGGAAAUUGGCUGUUUUGCUAUAACAGAAUUAUUUAUAUUUGCAGAGAUAAAAUGAAAGGCAGGCCUUCCCUAUACAAAAGUUAGGGAAGGAGAAUUUGGUGCACAGUUUGCAUAAGACUGUUAAGCAUGUAGUGGAUACUUGAAAAAACCUGUGCAGGUUUUCUCCCUGCCCUUGAUGAACCGGUAGUGUGUGACUACUGCCAUGCACCAAAUUCUCCUUUAAUAAAACCACAAAUGUCAUAAUAUGAGCACAUCUCAAAACAGAUAGCACAUACACACAGGUGGCUUCUUGGAGUCAAAGAGGCCAGGUGGGCAGCCUUUCCAUGGAACCAGCCCAUGGUCAGAGUGGCCUGUGAACCCGUCCUGUGCUUCCUUUUUUCAAGUUCCAUUAUCUUAACUGAAUUUUGCCUUCUUGCUUCUUGUCAUCUCCUACUCCUGCUCGGUGUCAGCCACUCUUUCCUUUUUAUGGUCCUGAAAUGAAUAUGGCAAUGUAGUUCUGAUCUAUAGGCUGAAUUGUCUUUCUGUAGCCCUAGACUUCUUUUUCCACAGCCCACGAUGGCCAGUAGAAGAGCCAGCACAGGCAACUGCAACCAUGCAUAGUGCCUUCCUAGUUGGAUUAUAUACAAGGUGCGAUGGAACAGGAUUAUUGGACUGAUACCCAUGACUUAAUUCAUAUUACCCAUACAGGAGACCCUACAUGAGAAUCAAAAGAAGUUCCCGGAGGAAGGCUAUUUCUCUACAGUUUUACUUGAAACAGUACAUUAGACAGCUGCUUAAAUACAGGUUGUGAUCCUUUCUUGAGGCUCACCUAAUACAAUUGUUGGAAAGUUAUCUUCUGUAUUUUGUUUGUGGCCUGACAAGUAUAUACAGACCAAAAAAGCAUUCUGUCAUUAAAUUUUAUGUGGCAUACAUCCCUCUUUUAAGAUUAUAAAUAAAAUCACAUGACAAAAAUAAAAAGUUGGGUUGCAGUAUGAUUCCAAAAGCUUAUUGCAUUUUAUAAUCAAGAAGCUUUAAAAAUGUUCAGGAUACAGAAUUUAUGGUGUUCCGUUUAUCACUGCUGUGAGCCAAACCACGUUCUACAAGGAAAUAUGGCACAGUCAUGGCUGUGUAUGGGCCAGGCUAUUCAAACUACUUCAUAAUUUAUAAUGCUUAUAAGAGGCUAUGACCAUGCUGAAUGCAGAUGAUAUCAGACACAACCAAUGUAUCUGGAAGAAUUAAAAUAAGGUUCCUAUAGUAUUAUUAAUCUAACAUUAAAAAUGAAUCUGCAGCUUCUGUUCAAUUGUUUGUUUUAUAAACAAAUCUUAUGCUUGGGACUUUCCCCCACCCCCAAGUAUAAAAAAACUAUGACACAAAAAGUAUUACCAAGUUGCAAUGCUAACCACUUGCCUGGGGGUAAGCCCCAUUAAAUUGAGUACUGACUUCUGAGUAGACAUGAUUACUGUUUUUGUAUGGGGACAGAGAGCUUGGCAAAGAUUGGUCACUUGCCUUGGUAAGAGGCAAAAUUCCUAUCCUGCAAAGUUUUCAGAUCAGAACUCAGUGAUGCCCGGCAUGGUUUGCAUCGUGAAAUUCCCAGGUUUAAUCAUUCUUGUCUCCCCGGCUAAAAGAAAUUAGUCCUAAAUUUGGUAUAAGACAUAAUUUCCAUGGUUUGGUGCUUCAUUCCUAAAUGCAUUUUCUUCAAAGUAUUGUUCAUUUGUUUUUAGUGCCACUUAUUUCUCUAAAAAGGAAUAUUUAGGAUGGUGGCCCAAGUCUCAUGAAGGUUGUUUUUAAAUUCCUUUUUGGUUUAUGACAUGGAGACUAUGUUUCCUUGUCCUUCACCCUGCCUCACAUUGAAACUUUUCAGCAAGAGUUCUUUGGCACAUAGCCACUGCCCAUGUAGCUCUGUACUGUCUACACUGGCAGGCAGUGUCUCCCUCAGUCCUACCUGGAGAUGCUGGGGUUGAGCCUGGGACCUUCCACCUGCAAAGAAGAUGCUCUGGGCAUCCCAACAGAUUCAUAGUAUAACAAAGUUGUACAAAUCUGUGUUAUUUCCAGUGCAAUAUUUGUAUGCAGAAUGUUGUUUCACCCUUACUUUGUAUACAUGAGGUAUAAAUUAAAUUGAAUUCAUCGUCAGUUGCUUUGGGUCCUCUAUGACCAUCUUCUUCCAGUGAUUGUUGUGGCAGCAUUGUUAUGUUUGGCAGAAUUAAAAACAAUAACACUGUAGAUCAUAAACAAGGAUGUUUAACAUUCAUUAUUAUAUUUAUUACAUUUAUUGGUUGGUUACUACAGAAAAUGUAUUGAAGCAACCAACAAUUGGAGAAAAACACAGAGUUUAUUUGUUGUCAAUGUGAGACAAUAAACCAGAAGCCUAUAUGGGGGGAAGAGAGACUUGGAGCAUGAAUUGAAUACUCAGGACUGUAGGGGGCUAUGGGUUGAGAUUUUACUUAAACUCAAGAUUAGGCUUAAGUUGAGCUGUCAACCAUUUGUGAGAUUUGCUGGGGUGCUGUGCCUGUUUGGUUUUCUGUUUACCUCCUGCAUUUUAACCCGGCUUACUCGUGAGCACUCCUCAGCUGCCUGAGAAAUGAGGAUUUUUUUUGACGCCACGGAUACGAGCUUCGAAAGUUUAUUGCCUGGUACUCAGCUACGUACAGGAGCUGUUCCUUGGUCGGAGUUUAUUUAUUUAUUUAUCCCAGUUUAACUACUCAAGCUGUUGAAGUUGACUUUUUGACCAUGCGAAGCUUCCGUGCGAUUUUAAGUUUCGCGGCUGCCCCCUGCCUGUCCACUAUCUGCGUCAGGUCCAAAUACAACCAAAGCUCGCAAUCUCAUAAGCGAAAGCGAAACCUUUCACAGGAGAAAGACGAUUGUGGGAACCUGGCGAGUUCUUCGCGUGGAAGGAAAACCGCGCCUCACCAGCGAGACCCAUGGACUGGGGAGGUGGGUUGGCGGCCCGCAGGUGCCUCCUGCACGGCUUUUCGGUGUUCCUCUGUGGCGUCGUCGUCCUCCAGCCGGCAGAAUCUCUGAAAGUGACAAUGGAAAGUCGGAUGGUGGCAGUCUUGGACACAGAUGUGAUGAUACCAUGUGAGAUCUCUGAAUACAGCACUCCAGAGCUAAAGAUCGCAAAAAUAGCUGUUGAGUGGUAUUGGAAGCCUUCUCCCAAGGAAGCGGAAAAUAUAGUGUACACCAUUGUUUCUGGAGUGCCUCAAUCUUAUAGAAACGGUGCAAGAAUGGAUGAAAGUGAACUGAUAAAAGGCAAUGCUGCACUUUCCCUCCCCCAAAUACAGAUUAGUGAAGAAGGAAUAUACAUAUGUUCUGUGACUGUUACCCCAGAUUCAAAUGAAGGAACCACUGUUGUAGAGCUAAUUGCUCAACCUUCAGUAAAGCUGUCUCCCAGGACAGUUGAACUAGAAGACGGCAAGGAGAAGACCCUGUCAUGCACAGUGAAUAAAUUCUAUCCUCUUUUGAUUGAGGUUCAUUGGGAGAAGAAAUCUGAACGCGGCAAUAACGAAGUUGUACCUGCAGAUGAUAUUUGCACAGGGGUACCUGUGAAAAAUGGAGAUGGCACUUUCAAUGUAACCAGUAAACUGGGGCUACAACCAUCUUUACAAGAUAAUGGAAAUGUCUAUAGUUGUGUUGUGGGACACAAAUCAUUUUCCAUACGGCAGGCCUUCAAUGCCACUUUGAUAGUAACAGAACCACCACCAAAUUUUACCUGGUUGGCUGUGAUACUUGUUUUAUUAUUACUUGGUGUGAUUCCUGUAAUUCUGUACAUAAUGUACUUUAAGAAAAUUCAACCAGGGAUAUUUUCAGCAACUGCAAAUAAGGAAUUGAAACAUUUGGAAGAAGCACUGGUGGUGUUCCUGCUGCAAGGCUUUCGUCCAAAGCCUUUAGGAAUAGUUUUUUUCUUAAAACUCCAAAGCAGGAAUGAAAAACUGAAACUAUGCUCUUGGAAUACUAUGACAGGCAGCAAUAUUGAACACGGAGAAGAUAUGCCUCUUAUCACUGGAAAAGAAGAAGAAUGUUCUGAUCUUGACAAGACGUUGAAGACCAUGUUUACUUUUGAGCCAGCUUUGCAAGUAAAACAAAGGCGCACUUUUGACGUUUCCUGCAAAGUCAACAUAGUUCCAGAUGUAAAGCAUCUGGAGGAGUUUGAACUUAUACUUGAAGUUAGACAUGAGGCCUUUUCAGAUCGUUUGUCUACUGAAACAAUAUCAUUUAAAGUCAUAGAAUGUACUCCCAAAGUCUCCAAAUUUGAAUGUGAGCCUCCUGUACCAGAGUGUGGGAAACUCAUCACAUUAUCUUGUUUAGUAGAAGAUUUCUGCCCACGGGAGUGUGACGUUUGUUGGCUAAGAGGCAAUAAUGAGCCUUUGGAUGCUAUAAGUAACACAGAGGAGCCACAACUGGACCCAGGAUCAAAUCUGUAUUGCAAGAAAAGCAGAGUAUCCUUUAUACCUCAACCAGAAGAUCAUGCAGUAGACUUUAUUGUUCAAAUCAACCAUUGUAAAAAAGUUAUAAGACAUAGUUACCCACUCAUGUUAAAAGGUUACCCCAAAGUUACAGAUAUUACGUGUGAACCAAAUUAUCCUAAAUAUGGAACUACAUUGUCUCUAACCUGUAAAGUCACAGAUUUCUUUCUUAGCGACAUAAAUAUUCAAUGGCUUGAUGGGGGUAUUGAAAUAAGUAAAGGUGUGGUCACAGAGGGGCCAGUCAAAGACUCAAAUGGCUGCUUGAAGUUGUCUUCUGAGCUCCAGCUGAUACCAACUGCUUUGGAUCAUAAUAAGUUCAUUAUUUUCAGUGUGACAUAUGGCGACCUGAAAAAGCCAAUUAUUAGAGAUGUGUAUCUAAAGCUCCCAGUUCACCGCCCUGAGAUGUCUGAAAUAAAGGCAACACCAAUGCAAAACAGUGAGAGCAUCUCUUUGGAAACGGUCGUAUCAAAUUUUGCACCUUGCAACAUAAAAGUGACAUGGUAUGAAGAAUGGAAAAAAAUAUAUGAAGACAAUCCCAGGAACAUUCAGAUUGGAGAAAACAAGUUAGGUUAUUUUGUAAGCAAAUUACAGUUUAGUCCAAAAGGAAGAGACUCCAAAAAGACAAUCAGAUGUGAAGUUUGUCACCAAGCAACACAGGAUUUUAAAGAAAAAAGCUUUGUGUGGAAAAGCAAAGAUGACUCUGAUAGCCUUGACAGCAUGUCUACAGUGAGUGAAAACCACGAUUCUAAGCCCCCCAUUGAAGAACCAGCUCAGCCUAUGAAGAUAGAAUGUGUCACCAGCAACCGAAAGACAGGCGAGGUGACUCUUCGCUGUUUUGUACCUGGAAUAAGAGCAGAGGAUGCCAUUGUUUGCUGGUUUAACGGAGUAUAUCCAGUUGAUAAAAUACAGAAUGAAAACUGUGGCGAUGGAUCUGGUUUUAUUUCGUAUGUGAUCAUUACAACCGAAAAAGAUAAGAAAAAAUAUGAAAUCAAAUGUGCAGUUUAUGUAGAUGCAAAUGAUGAAACCUUGCAUAAAACCUUUGAUUUAGAACUUUGAGAAAUCAUUGUAUAAAGACAAUGAAUAUACAAAAAGAACCACAGGAAAAAUCUACUGCAGGCUGCUUUCAUACAUCCCCUGCUUGCUUCCAUGAGGUGUGUGGGUCCUGUCGAUCCUGUUUUGUGGGCCCCCACAAAAUCGAUGGGCAUUCCCAUUCAAAUGGUGUAUGUGCACUGCGUCAUGUGAUUGAUUAUGUAGGGUGGGGCUUACCUGGGCUCUCACAAGAUUUUAUUCAAGUUGGCACCCCUGCUUUGAAGCCCUAUGUGAAGAAAACCUGAUUAUAUUAAUGAGGUUGUAAUGUAUGUAAUGAAAUAAUAUAAUGAAAUACUGUAUAGCAUAAUAUAAUGUAUGGGGGGUGAUGAUGAUGUUGAAAGUCUCCACUCUGGUUCAGUGAUAAGCUGUAACAGGACAGUGGUAGAAUUUUCAGUACACAAAAGAGGGACUGAGAGUAAGGAUAUUUUAAUUGGUGGAUAUAUCUAGCUGAGCACUGGCCAGCAAAGCAAGUUCAGGAGUUGUUGUUGAGCAGGACAGGAAGGAGUAAAAAUACAGUUGCACUUAAAUAAAUCAGUAAAGGACCUAGCUCAAUGGUAAAAGAAGGGCCAUAGAUCAAGUGCAGACCUUGCUUGCAGAAGGCCCCAGAUUCAGUUCCCAGCAUCUCUCAAGUAGGGUUGGGAGGCACUCCUGCCUGAAACCCUGAAGAGCUGCUGCCUGUCAGUGUAGACAAUAUUGAGCUGGAUAGACCAGUUGUCUAUCUCAGCAUAAGGCAGCUUUUGUGUUUCUAUGUCUGAUAGAAAAGGCUUCUAGCAGUGACCUCAUUGGUUAAGGCUUAACUGGGAUGGAAAGAAAAGGGGCAACCCGUAUUACUAUGUUGAAGUAACUAGGUAACCUUGUCCAUAAUACUGAAACAAACAAAUGUUGGUAUAUUUGCUUAAUAUAAUAGCUAAUUGUUAAGUGUCUAGAGGGAGUAAGGGAUGGUGGCCAUGGCACAGAUUUAGGAGAACUUUUAGAGUGGAAGUUGAAUGUUAUUAUUUUAGAGAACGUAGGGGGGGUCCCUUCCCCCCCCCCACCCUGCAUAAUGGCUUGAAAUCCAGUUUUCAGAAGCUUACUCCCAAACAAACCUGCCCAAGUAAUGAGCUCAUCUUCAGGGGCCUUGAUCAGAAGUUAGACAGCUGGCAGAAAGGGGUGGGGGAGCAUCUUGUAGAAGUGUCUCUUCAGAGAUGUACAACUGGUGCCAAAUAGGGAUGUGAGCACUUGCAGCAAGGAGCACCCCUGCUCAAAUAAAAAGCAGUUUAAAGGCAGCAUAGUCACUCUUGGAAGCUUCCUCCCUCGAUUCUGCUCCCUCGAGCCCUGAGCUCUGUGCCUUCUAUCACACCCUUGAGUGUCAUGUUCAGGAGAGCUGCUGUCCUGCCAUAGGACUGUAGGAAGUUGUCUUAUACUGAGUCAGACUAUUGGCCCAGGUCACUUGUUUAGUCAUGUCCGACUCUUCGUGACCCCAUGGACCAGAGCACGCCAGGCACUCCUGUCUUCCCAGGUCACUUAGUAUUAUUGAUACUGACUGGCAGUAGAGUUUCAAACAGAGCCCUUUCUUAGGGUCUACCUGAAGAUGUAA